GGAGGAGGGGCUGUGUGUGUUAAAGUGAAGAGCCUAAGCGGAUCUGUGUGUGUAUGUGUCCACAUCUGUGUUUGGUCGACGUCUGGGAUACUCUCUCUCCUUUUUUUAUGUCUAUCUCUCUCAGCCACUUUUCUGUCUUCUUUUUCAUUUUUUUGCCAGUUUUUUUACAGUACAAAAGUGCAGAGUAAUUCUAUCCACGUUUAUCAGCCUCUUUGUUUUUAUGGACUAAGAGCAAGUCUACAUCUGUUUAGCAUUCAUUCAGUUGUAGCAGAGGGGUCAGAUUUUGCAGGAAUGAUUUUAACUGCGACUGAAACAGUCUCAAACGGAGCAGGUUUGAACUCGGAUGCCGGGAUGACUGGAGAGAAAGGGCAGGGUGAGUCCAAACUCAUUGAGGGAGCAGAUUCUUCUGGAGCAAUGCAGCAGGUGUUGGAAAACCUGGGUGACUUACCCGCCACCACUGGGGCUAAAGACAUCGACCUCAUUUUUCUCAAAGGGGUCAUGGAGAGCCCUAUCGUCUGCUCACUGGCCAAGGCUCAUGAGCGUUUGGAGGAUGUGAAACUGGAAGCAGUGCAGGAGAAUAACAUUGAGCUUGUGACUGAGAUUCUUGGUGACAUUAGUGGACUGAGUGUAAGAGACGAGAGCACUGCUGAACUCUCCAAAAUUCUGCAGGAGCCUCAUUUUCAGUCUCUCCUAGAGGCCCAUGACAUGGUGGCGUCUAAGUGCUAUGAAGCCCAGCCCCCUCCCGAAGUAACCAAUGAUGCGGCAAUAAACAUUGCACUCAUGCAGGCCGAUGCAGUCAGGAUGAUUGGUAUCCGGAAGAAAGCAGGAGAACCACUGGGUGUGACCUUCCGAAUGGACAAGGGUGACCUGGUGAUCGCUCGCAUCCUUCACGGAGGGUUGAUUGACAGGCAGGGACUGCUGCACGUGGGCGACAUCAUCAAGGAGGUGAACGGGAAGGACGUUGGCAAUAAUCCCACUGAGCUACAGGAGAUGCUAAAAGAAUGUAGUGGAGGGAUCACACUGAAAAUACUGCCCAGCUAUAGAGAUGCCCCAGCCCCACCACAGGUGUACGUGCAACCCCAUUUCGACUACAAUCCGGCCAAUGACAAUAUAAUUCCGUGCAAAGAGGCGGGGCUCGCUUUUAAUAGGGGCGAUGUCCUCCAGAUUGUCAACCGAGAGGACACAAACUGGUGGCAGGCUUGCCAUUUAGUGGGAGGAGCUACUGGGCUGAUUCCCAGUCAGUUUCUGGAAGAAAAAAGGAAAGCGUUCGUUCCCAGAGACCUGGAUGGAACAGGCAUUCUGUGUGGAACAUUGACUAGUAAAAAGAAAAAGCGCAUGAUGUAUCUUACAGCUAAGAAUGCAGAUUUCGACCGCCAUGAGCUUCAGAUCUACGAGGAAGUAGCGUGCAUGCCGCCGUUUCAGAGGAAAACUCUAGUUCUGAUCGGAGCACAAGGAGUGGGCCGCCGUAGCCUGAAAAACAGAUUAGUUGUUCUACAUCCCACCGGAUUCGGCACAACCAUACCACACACGUCUCGCCGGCCCCGUGAUGAUGAGCGAGAUGGUCAGUCGUACAGAUUCGUAACACGCUUGGAGAUGGAGAUGGACAUUAGGGCCGGACGUUACCUGGAACAUGGAGAGUAUGAUGGCAACCUCUACGGUAGUAAAAUCGACUCGAUCCAUGAAGUGGUCAACAAUGGUCGCACCUGCAUUUUGGACGUCAACCCUCAGGCACUGAAGCUGUUAAAAACAGCAGAGUUCAUGCCGUACGUCGUGUUCAUUGCAGCUCCAGAGUAUGACACGCUGAAGGCCAUGCACCAAGCUGUGGUUGACGCUGGCAUCACAACCAAACAACUCACAGACGUUGACCUGAAGAAGACUGUAGAUGAGAGUGCUCGCAUUCUCCGGGCGUAUAGACACUACUUCGACCUCAUUAUCGUCAAUGACAACUUGGACUGUGCGUUUGAAAAAUUGCAGUCGGCUGUGGACAAACUUUGCUCUGAACCGCAGUGGGUUCCCGUGAGCUGGGUCUACUGAGGGGCACAUUGACAAGCACGGUUGAGUGCGUAUGUAUGCAAGCGUGUGUGUUUUCGAGUGUAUGUGUGUGAUGUCCAGAAUGGAUCCGGGCUGACGUGAACUUUGGACUGACCAACCAAACAAGCGCCCACAACAUUAGCCCUAACCUCUUUUGUCCACACAAUGCAACAUUUUUUACUGAAGCUUAAAGGGAAGAGUACUUAUUUAUUUUAGUAUUUGUACGUUUUUAAAGAAUUAUCUUACUAUUUGCAACAUCGUGGGAGAAAUAAGAAAAAAUAUAACUGGCCUUGAUAAAUCUGAGGCCAUAUUUUUUAUUUAUUAUUUUUGUUUAAUUUUGUGUGUGUUUUUUUGUAGCACCUACAGUAACUGUGAUGUAUUGAUGUAUUCUCAAAUGAAAGAAUAACCUGACAGUGUCUAGCAGGCCAAGGGCUCAUAUUGAACAUUCUAGAAAAGAACCGAACAACUGUUUACAAACACACUUAUUUCUUAGCCCUUGUUCCCCAGUCAUUCAUAUAAAGUGUAGGUUGUUUUAUAUGUACAGUAGCUUGUUUUAAAUUUUGCAUUUACUGAUUUUGUGUCUAUGUUGUGCAUGUUGUGUCAAUGUUUUUGUGUGUGUGAGACCGAACAAACUGCCCUGUUGAUUUCAGUCACCUUUUCUGAGCAACCUACUUGUUUCUUUGUUUUUGUGUCUCAAAAUCACGUGACCUGCCAAAGUUUCCGUUAAAGUAUCUGUGUCAUUGUCUCGUGUCAACUUCUACAACACGGCAAUAAACGAGCAAUGUUACUCAUUGUUCCUUUUUUA